AUGGAGCCCCCCAAGAUCAGACGCCUCAGCGAGUUCCGGAUCGUCCCCAGGCCUCUUGUAGAGUAUCUCCGCUUCGAGGACAUCAGCGCUGCAGCCUUCAGGAUCCAGACAGGGAUCCAGAAGACGCCCUGUACAUACUCCAGACUGUCCAAACAGUACGGGAUGGAGAUCUACCUGAAGAAAGAGCACCUGCACUACACAGGCUCUGUGAAGGAGAGAGGAGUCCUGUACCUGCUCACCUCCCUCACAGAGGUUGAGCAGAGGAAGGGCGUGAUCGUGGCCAGUGACUGUAACUUCUCAAUGGCUGUGGCCCACCACGCCGUGGAGCUGAAGAUCCCGGUGUUUGUCAUCAUGCCGUCGUGCUGCUCCUCGCCUCGUCUCAGGAUCUACAGAGACUACGGUGCUAUGGUCAUCUCCUAUGGCAGCACCAGCCACGACUCCCAGAACCACGCCCGCCAUCUGGCCACGGAGAACGGAUACCUCUACCUGGAAGAAGAUGAAAAUGCAGCGUACCUGGCAGGACUGGGCACCGUCGGCAUGGAGAUCUAUGAGCAAGUGUCCAAACUAGAUGCAGUGAUUAUUCCCGCUGCUGGACAGUACGGUCUACUGGCUGGUACAGCUGCAGCCAUCAAACACCUCAACUCACAAAUUCUUGUCAUAGGAAUUGAACCAGAGGGUUUCCCUCUGCUGCUACAAUCUCUCAAAACUGACGGUCCAAUCAAAGACAUGCAGAGCAACCCCAACAAGAAACUCUAUGGAGAUCUUAUGGGGCGUUCACUGGGUGUCAACACCUUCCAGCUGGCAAAGAAACUGGUAGAUAAAGUCAUCUCUGUCAGUGAGGAGGACUCUCUGGUGGCGAUGCUGCGGUUUCAGGAGUUUGAACGCUCCACAGUGGACACAGAGGGAGCCAUGGGGCUGGCCGCCAUCUUGGCCGGACAACUGUCAGAGCUGAGAGGCAAAAAGGUCGCUGUAGUGGUGAGCAGCGCUAACAUGGAGCUGGAGCUGGUGAGGCAGUGUGUGGACCGAGCCCUGGUGCUGGACGACCGGGUCAGUAAGUUCUCUGUGCAGCUGGGAGAAUGGCCAGGAGACAUGGCGAAGCUGCUGGACGUCCUGUCCAGAGAGGACGUCAGGUUGUUGGACGUCUGCCAUCGGAGACAAAGUGAGAAGUCAGAACUCUUCAAGGCGAAGGUGGAGUGUGUGGUGGAAACCAGGGAUAAGACACAGAGCGCUCAUCUGCGCAAGACGCUGAGUGAGCGCUACCCGUCUAUAUGCUGGAUGGACCGGUGA